ACCACACGGUAAGCAGCUAUAGGGGCAUCUCACCAGCACAAAUCCCGCCGUGGUCUUGGAUCCUAAAGCAACAGGAUACAGGUCGGGAGUCCGACAACAGGACGCAGCCUGGAGGACAAAGGUCAUCCAGUUUCAUCCAAAGUCAUGGGAUUCACACGCUUUGCGGUGUUGCUGUAUGUCACCAUGAUCCCCCUCGUUUCAGGAAUGCGUUUUAGGAUUCCCAAAUCUGAUGCUCCACCAACACCCACUCCAGACUCUUCCCCACUGGGUGACCUGAUCCACGCUGCUCUCCAGAGUAAGGAAUACUUAGGCCGAGCUUCUGCAGGCACAGGUACAACCACAAACCCGACGCAGGCUGUACCUGGGCUUGGGCAUUCUGAGACAGCAGCGACAGUCCUAUCACCAGGUCUGCUCACCACAGCUUUAAGCUCCUCUCCCGCUGCUGCUGCUGCUGCUGCUGCCAGUCAGACAGGAUCAAGGGAUGGCAUGUCUUUGCUGCCCAUAGAAGAGGAGACAACCACCACUCUGAUCACCACAACAACUAUAACCACAAUGCAUAUGCCAGUGCAGUGCAAUGUGACUUUGUCAGCAAUGGAGGAUAUUGUCGAGUCCCCAGAUCCUGCAUCAUCAUCAUCAUCAUUUUCCCCUCUGGAGUGCACCUACAGCAUUACGGUGUAUGCAGGUUAUGGUGUGGAGAUUCAGGUGAGAAAAGUAAAUCUGUCUAAGGAGGAAUCUCUGACGAUCAUGGGGUACGGUGGCACAGGACCAGAGCUGUUAGCGAAUGAGACGCUGAUGAGAGAGGGUCAGGUGAUACGCAGCACAACUAAUCAGGUGCACAUUCACUACCGCAGUCUCCGCGAGACCAACCAUGGAAUGUUCAGUCUCCACUAUCAAGCUUUUCUGCUGUCCUGCCCCUUCCCUCUGUCUCCUGAGAGCGGCGGGGUCACGGUGACAGACAUCCAUCCUGGAGGUCAGGCUCACUUCCACUGUGAUCCAGGUUUCCAGGUUCGUGGCCAUGAGGUGUCUACAUGCGUCAACACAACGCAGCCUCACUGGAGCACCCCGGAACCUCAGUGUGUCGCUGUGUCUUGCGGAGGGUGGAUUCGUAAUGCAACAGUGGGACGGAUACUGUCUCCACCCCCACCAUCUGUCAGCAACCACAGUAAUGGAAAUAACUUGAGCUGCCACUGGUUAAUAGAAGCCAAAGAGGGACAUAAACUCCACCUACACUUUGAGAGGAUUGCACUGGAUGAAGAUGAUGAUAAGUUAAUUGUGCGCAGUGGGAACACUUCGCUGUCUCCGCCGCUCUUUGACUCGGACCUGGAUGAUGUCCCAGAACGUGGGUUGCUGAGUGAGAGCUCCACGCUGUACCUGGAGCUCACAGCCGAUUCGUCCUCCAUCCCUCUGCUUCUCGCGCUGCGAUACGAGGCUUUCGAUGAUGAACACUGCUGGGAGCCUUACAUGCCGCAUGGAAAUUUCAGCAGCAGUGACAUCACGUAUCAGCUGGGCACCACUGUUACCUUCACUUGCUCUCCGGGCUAUGUCAUGGAACAAGGCUCAGGGACGAUUGAGUGUGUUGACCCCGGAAAUCCCCACUGGAACGAUAGUGAACCUGUGUGCAGAGCUCUGUGUGGAGGAGAGCUGACCGAGCCCACGGGUACCAUCCUAUCUCCUGAUUGGCCCCAGAGCUACUCCAAGGGGUUAGACUGCGUGUGGCAGAUCCAUGGCAACGAAGAGAAACGUAUUGAACUGGAUGUUCAGAUCUUAAACAUCCGCCACACCGAUGUGUUGACCGUUUUCGAUGGACGUGACCUCAUGUCUCACGUGAUUGGGCAAUACCUGGGGUCCCGAGAGCGUUUCCAGGUGGUGUCAGGGGGGUCAGAGGUGACCAUUCAGUUUCAGAGUGAUCCAGAUGACUCCAGUUUCAUCCUAAGUCAGGGUUUCCUCAUUCAUUAUCGUGAGGUUGAGCCAAAUGACACCUGCCCAACCCUCCCUCAAAUUGAGUUUGGCUGGAUCAGCUCGUCUCACUCCUCCCCCGUCAGAGGCAGUGUGUUGACCUACCAGUGCCAACCAGGGUAUGACAUCAGUGGCUCUGACAUCAUCACCUGUCAGUGGGACCUGUCCUGGAGCAGCACUCCACCCACUUGUGUGAAAGUCCAGCAGUGUCCUGACCCAGGAGAGGUGGUAAACGGAGCGCGCUCUGUGCGUCCCGAGGCAGGUUUUGCAGUCGGAACAGUCGUCCGUUUCUCCUGUAACCAAGGUUACCAGCUGGAAGGCCCCAGCCAAAUCUCCUGCCACGGCCGAGACACCGGCACCCCCAAAUGGAGUGACCGCAGCCCCAAAUGUGUCUUAAAGUAUGACCCAUGUCCAAACCCGGGUGUCCCUGAUAAUGGUUACCAAACCCUGUAUAAGCACAACUACCAGGCAGGGGAGACUCUGCGUUUCUUCUGUUAUGAGGGCUACGAACUAAUUGGGGAGGUCAUUAUCACCUGUGUUCCCGGCCACCCCUCACAGUGGAACAACCCGCCACCAUUUUGCAAAGUGGCAUAUGAAGAGCUCUUGGAUGAUCACAAAUUAGAAGUGUCCCAGUCUUUCGAGCCAUCCCAUCAGAUCCUGAGUGAGAACAUUGCUCUUGCAAUAAUUCUGCCAAUCAUACUGGUCAUUCUCCUGAUCGGAGGAAUUUAUAUGUACUAUACAAACAUUUGCAGACUAGAAUGGAAGCCACUCUUCUGGAAGUCGCUGUCACACACACACUCCUACAGUCCCAUUACAGUCGAGUCCGAUUUUAACAACCCUCUUUAUGAGGCAGGGGAUACACGGGAGUAUGAAGUGUCCAUUUAAAGCAGAAUAUGUUUUGGUGAGAAUUAAAAACCACACAAAGAUUGAAUUAUUUUGGAAGACAAAUUACUUAAUAUUAUAAGGCCUCAUUCCCCCUUUCUCUCGGUUUUUUGUUUUUUGUUUUUAUAAAUGAGUCUUUUGUGUUUUGCCACGACAGUGUAUCUGGUUUAUCAAUUAUGGAAAUGCUUUGCUAUUUUCUUGCACUGAUAUUUGGUGGUCUGUCACACGUGGGUCCUAGGUUUCUGUAUCAUUAGGACCAGUGCCUUACGGAGGGUAAGAAAUUGAAUGGAAAAGUAAAGAAAUACAUAGAAGUGUGGAGAAUAAGAACAGGAGAUGGAUGGGAAAGGGAAGUGAAUUUAUUUAUUCGUCUAUUUAUUUUAGUUAGUUAGUUAGUUUAUUUGUAACAAUCAAAAGUUACUGUUGUGAGUAUAAAAUGUACACUGAAUGUUUUAUUUAUUUAUUUAUUUUAUUCCAUUUGAUUGACUUUACAGUGUUACAGUAAAGGAGAAGGAGACUUAAAUUUUCUUAUGACAACAUUAUGACAUCGAGAGACGUUUUCUCUUCCUUACUUUGUCUUUUUCUCUGUGUAAACACACACAAACUGAAUGUAAAUAUCUGAUUUAAUAUUGAUUGAGGUUCAUAUAUAGAUAUAUACAUAUAUCUAUAUAUGUAUAUAUCUGUAUAUAUAUAUAUAUCCUCAUAUGUAUACACUUAUACACGGUGGUGGGAGGUUAUAUAUUUUCAUUAUAUACAUAUAUAUGAUGAAAAUUCAGUGCCAAAAUAUAAUGUUCAAUAAUUUAUUGUCCCUACGUGUUUCAUCUGUUGCUAUAAUAGUGUUUACAAGAGCAGUGUUUACUUUACUUUUUGCUGUUUCUGGAGUGCACUGUCACCCAGUGUCACAUAACACGUAAGAAGAGGUGAGGACAUGAAUGUCAUUAUGCUUAGAGCAUGCACUGAUUGUAAAUUAUAUUGCUUCUGCUCAAUCUUGCCAUUAUCAUCAUAGUUACUGACAGUUAUCAUUGUUAUCAGAUUAGAUGUUGUAUGCACUAUGUUGAUGAAAAACUUGCAAACUUGGCUGCUUGCUGUGAUGCAUUAUGUAUUUAUUUACAAAUGAUUGUUUGAACAGUGAUUCGCUGUCAAAUGCAGGAUUCGUAGCCUGUUGCUUUGUAGACUAAACUCUUCUCUUAUCAUCUGUAGCAUUUUUUUAAUUUAUUUAUUUUUGCUUUAUAUAUAUAUACAUAUAUAUAAAUACACUCUUUUGAAGGCAGUGGAUUAUUUGCUGAGCUGGAAAUAAAGUCUUUGUUGAAUAGUGUAAGACUUGAAAUUAUUACCUGUUGUUUUUCCAUUUAACACGGUCUUAUUUGUGUUCAUGCAUACACAGAAUAUGAACUGUAUUCAUAUACAUGUAACCUAUCCAAUGGAAAGAAUAUCAUUGUGUUGAAGUGAUGUUAUAUGUUUUAUUAAACAUCUUUACAGCUCUA